AUGUCCACCGCUCCAUCUGACACACCAGCGACGACUGCCCCAGUCAAUGGUGACGCCGCCGCAGCUGAAAAGCCCCAGGUUUCGACAGAAACCGAAAGUACACCUCAGGCAGAACCUCCAGCUCAGGAACAGCCGGCCCCUGAACCCUCAGGCCCUGAGGAGACGAUCGAGAGUCUCGAUCUGCCAUCAUCCUCCGCCGACGGUGUCAUCAAGAAACCAUUCCCCCGCCCCAUCGACACCGCUCAACCCGCUCAACCCGCCCAAUUGACAUCAGACCAACAAACCAAAUAUGACAGCGUCCUCAAGUCUGUCUCCGAGUGGACCACAGUCCCCACGACGUCUGCUAAGAAUGCCCCUGCCGAAGCAAUCACGGACGACGAGCGCAUGUUCCUCACCCGCGAAUGCCUUCUCCGCUAUUUGCGCGCGACGAAAUGGAACGCCCCCGAGGCUGUAGCGCGACUUCAGCGUACACUUACUUGGCGCCGUGAGUACGGGAUCGAGAAAUUGACGCCCGACUACAUCUCCAUCGAGAACGAGACAGGGAAGCAGGUCCUCCUAGGCUACGAUAUCCACGGCCGGCCGUGUUUGUAUCUCCUGCCGUCGAACCAGAAUACCGAGAAGAGUGAUCGGCAGGUCCAGCAUCUUGUCUUUAUGCUGGAGCGGGCGAUUGAACUGAUGCCUCCGGAUCAGGAGACGCUGGCGUUGAUCGUGGACUAUAGCGAGACGAAAUCUGGACAGAAUGCUAGUAUUGGGCAGGCGAGGGAUACAGUGAAUUUCUUGCAGAAUCAUUAUCCGGAGAGGCUGGGGCGGGCAUUGGUUAUUAAUCUGUCGUUUCUCAUCAUGGGUUUCUUCAAGAUCGUCACCCCGUUCCUUGACCCCAUUACUAGGGAAAAGCUCAAGUUCAACGAGAAAUUGGGCAACCAUGUCCCGCCCAGCCAGCUUAUGAAAUCUGUUGGCGGAGAGGUUGAUUUCCAAUACGACCACCCGGCAUACUGGCCUGCGCUGAACAAGCUGGCUGAGAUAAAGCAGAAGGAAUACCGUCAGCGCUGGAUUCAAGGUGGAAAGCGUAUUGGAGAAUACGAACACUACCUCAAAACUGGCACCAGCCCGAGCGUCGCUCAGAAGGAAAGCGAAACGAAUGGCGCCGAUGCAACAACCUAG